GCCUGACAAUCACAGCAUUGCCCGGGUGGGUGGAUGCAGGCCAGUGGGGGCUUUACCCCUGUUGGUGUGCCACCCGCAGACCCCACACGGGACCAGUGCUUUGGGGACCGCUUCAGCCGCCUGCUGCUGGCCGAGUUCCUGGGCUAUGAUGACAUCCUCAUGUCCAGUGUGAAGGGUCUGGCUGAGAACGAAGAGAACAAGGGCUUCCUGCGGAACGUGGUGUCAGGCGAGCACUACCGAUUUGUGAGCAUGUGGAUGGCCCGAGCAUCCUAUCUGGCUGCCUUCAUCAUCAUGGUCAUCUUCACCCUGAGCGUACCAUGCUGA